UCGAUAUAGGACAAUGCUGAUAAAAGGACACGUAUGUCUAUGGCGAUUGAUUUUUUUGACAAUAAGCAUUGCAGGACAUGUGUGGUUUGCCAUGACUACGUGACCAUAACACUGAAAACUCAGUCAAACCAAUUUAAAAAUUAUACUUAUGACAGUUUGUAGAAGACUUUGGCGGCGAGCAGAUCAAUAAUUGGCAAUAUGAAACAUCAGCAAGUUGUAGUUGAUUAUUGGACAAUGCUCAAGACAUCAGGCAUGUGUCUGCUGCUUGCUAUAUCUGGUUUUAUAUUCCUAAAAAUGGUGCAGACAAUUUUUUGGCUGCCCAAGCACUUGAAGCAGAAUCAGGAACGUCUAGAGGCUAUGGCAACUCAAUUGGGCAAGGACAUGUCGCCAGAGGAGCGUGCUGAAAUCGAAAAAAUUAUAAAUAGCAAGGAGCCGCUAACUGAGGAACACUUGAACAAACUGUUGGACAACGUCAAGGAGGAUGAGCAGUGCGAGCCCAAAAAGUUGCAAUAA